CCUGCGGGUUCCCGUCACUCUGGUUUUCUGCAAAGCAAGAGGAAUACUGAGCAAGACGUCCCGCAGAGAGGGGGGGGGAGGACCAGCGAUGGCUCCAGCGACCGUGUGGAACUACUGCGUCCUGCUCGCCAUCAUCUCCGUCUCCUGCCUGGCGCGCACCGCUCAUUGUCAGGCGGUGCAGGCGGAGAACGUCACAGUCUUGGAGGGAGGUACGGCUCAGAUCUCCUGCCGUCUGCAAAACUACGAUGGAUCAAUCGUGGUCAUCCAGAAUCCCCGCCGGCAGACUCUCUUCUUCAACGGCACGCGAGCGCUGAAGGACGACCGCUUCCAGAUGGUGCUCUUCACGCCACGGCUGGUGCGCAUCACGUUGACCAACGUCAGCGUGCUGGACGAGGGCGGCUACUUCUGCCAGCUCUACACGGACACCACCAACCACCAGGUGGCCACGCUCUCCGUGUCGGUGCCGCCGGAGACGCCCACGGUGGACGUGAAGCAGGAGGCCGUGGAGGGCGGGGAGGUGGAGCUCACCUGCAUGACGCCGCGCAGCAAGCCGGCCGCCACCCUGCGCUGGAUCCGCAACAGCCGGGAGUUACCAGGUGUGGUGUCCCAGCAGGACAACGGGAAGACGUUCAGCGUGUCCAGCACCAUCCGGAUCCCCGUGGAAAGGAAAGACGACGGGGCGGCUCUGAGCUGCGAGGCGUUCCACCCGGCGCUCGGUGGACAGAGGAGGAUCCGCCACUACCGCCUGGAUGUGAAUUUUGCACCCACAGUGAGAAUCGUUCCUCCUACUGGGAUUUUGCGAGAGGGUGACUCGCUUACCCUCACCUGCUCCGUCACCGGGAACCCGCUGCCCAGGAACAUUCAGUGGUCAAAGAUUAAUGACACUUUACCUGAAAGGGCAGAGAUCUCCGGCCCCACCCUCCAGAUUUCCCGUCUCAGCCAAUCACACAACGGGACUUACCUGUGCCAGGCCCAGAACAACUACGGACGUGCCGCCGAUCAUUACACCCUCCUGGUGUAUGAUCCCGGCGCAGUGGUGGAGACUCACAGUGCCGUGCCAUACGCAGUGAUAGGUGGUGUUCUGGCACUGCUGGUUUUCACCGUCAUCUGUGUCCUCAUCGUCACCAUCUGGUGCUCCGUCCGGCAGAAAGGUUCCUAUCUUACCCAUGAGGCCAGUGGGUUGGAUGAACAUGGUGAGGUGCAGGAAGCCUUCCUCAAUGGGAAUGACGCCAGCCAGGGCAAGAAGGAGUACCUACUGUAGCCCUUCCCAGUCCCCUUCUCUUCUGACCUCAGCCCUCCAUCCCUCCCCCUCCCCGUCUCCCUCCUUAUAUACAGUAUACACACACAAACACACACACGUACACUUGUACACAAUGCGCCAUAACAGGCAGCCUUCUGAAAAACGACUGUAUACAGAUUCCGCACACAGCCAGUCCAACCUGCUCCAUUCCAGCCCAUAUCCUCCACACACACACACACACUCACACACAAACCCAGAGACAGACUGAGGAAGCGAGAGCCUAUAGACCCACCAGCCAUUAACGAAUGUGCCAUAUACUGUAAGCCGGAGAAACCGGGGGGUAAAUGGA